GCGCGGGCCCCGGGGCGCGGCCGGCCGGGAUGGGGACCCCGCGGCCCCGCUAGCCGGGCCCCUCCGGGGGCUCCCCGAGGACCGCCCGCGCCGUGAGGGGCCGCCCGGCCGGGCAGCGGCAGCGCGCGGGGCUCCGGGACGCGCCCUGCCCAGAUGGCCCCGCCGAGACGGGGUCCGGGGCCCCGCUGGGCGCCCGUGCUCGUCGGCCUGGCCGCGCUGCUCCCCGCAGUGACGCACGGCCGCAGCCCCCUGGAGAGCGUCCAGCGGUUCUCCCUGCUGCCCACCUACCUGCCCGUGGCCUUCCGCGUCCAGCACGCCGACGGGGCCUUCUUCCUGAAGGAAGCCAACCAGGACAUCAUGCGGAACUCCAGCCUGCAGUCCCGCGUGGAGUCCUUCCUGGUCCACCGGGCGCGCCGGCCGCCCGUGCUCCGGGCCAGCUACGGGCCCUUCUCCGCCGAGCAGGAGGUGCCCCCCGAGCUCCUGCCGCCCGCGCCGGGCUGGCGGCUGCGCGCCCACGUGCUGCAGGAGCGGAUCCACCGCGGCCGGCCGCGCGCGCACGUGCUGUUCCACGCGCUGGGCCGGGACUGGGCCGAGCCGGGCCCCGGGGCCGCGCGGCUGCCCUGCGUGCGCGUGUUCGCCUUCCGGGAGACGCAGGAGGUGCGCGGCAGCUGCCGGCUGCGGGGCGAGCUGGGGCUGUGCGUGGCGCGGCUGGACCUGCCGGCCGGCUGGUUCGGGCCCCCGACGGCACCGGCCGGCAGGAGGAGGCCGGCGGCCGAGCCCGCGGAGGGCAGCCCCGUGGAGCUCUACUACAGCCUGCCGGCCGGGGAGCCACGCGCCGACUGCGCCUGGCCCGAGCCCAGGGGCGACGGCGGCUCCCGAGGGGGCCACGGCGACAUGGACGAGUCGGGGCCCCCCCUGCAGCGCAUCGGCAGCAUCUUCCUGUCCCCGAGCCCCGGCCAGCCGCCCCUGCUGGAACUGCAGCUGGACGAGCACGUGAGCGUCCACUACGCAGGGCGCACGGUCCGGCCGGGGGCCGUGCUCACCUUCCCCGUCUCCGUCUCCCGGAACUGCUCCGCAGACCGCUUCACGCUGAGGGCGAAGGUGAAGAAAGGCGUGAGCAUCGUCGGGGUGAGGGCCAGCAGCCCCGCCCUCUGGGAGGUCACCGAGAGCAGGGACCCGGCCGUCAUCGUGUGCCGCAGGAAGGCCGUCGCCGCCACGAGCAGCGUGGACAGCGCCUCGGACGAGGUCAUGCGCAUCGACGUGGCCAUCGCGGAGCCCGGGGAGCCGGCUGCCGCCCAGCUGGUCACGUGGCAGGUGGAGUACCCGGGCGCCAUCACGUCCGACCUGGGCAUCUCCAAGAUCUACGUGAGCCGCAAGGACCUGCUCAGCAUCGUCCCGCUGGCCACGGAGGCGGAGCUGCUGAACACGGCCGUGCUCACGGGCAGGACAGUGGCCGUGCCGGUGCGCGUGGUGGCCGUGGAGGAGGACGGCGCCGUGGCCGAGGUGCGGGGCCCGCUGGAGUGCUGGUCCUCGGACGAAGACGUCGUCAAGGUGUCCGAGCGCUGCGACUCCGUGUUCGCCAACGGGAAGGAGCUGCGGGGCCGCGUGGGGGCCACCGCGUUCUUCCGCCACCAGGAGCUGAGCCGGGCGCUGGCACUGACUGUCUGGGCCCCCCGGCUGCCCCUGCACAUUGACGUGUCCGACCCCGAGCUCAACCAGAUCAAGGGCUGGCGCGUGCCCGUCGCGGCCAGCAGGAGGCCGGGCGCGGAGGAGGAGGAGGAGGAGGAGGAGCAGCGCAGGGCCCGCGGCUGCGCGCUGCAGUUCCAGCGGGCCACCGUGCGCGUCCUCGCCCAGUUCGUGGCCGAGGCGGCCGAGCCGGGGGCGCCGCCCGCGCACCUGCUGGGCCCCGACUGGCAGGUGGACAUCACGGAGCUGGUGCGGGACUCGAUGCAGGUGGACGAGCCGCGGGUGGCCGCGCUGCUGCAGGGACACGUCCUGGUGGGCCAGGAGCUGGGCAUGGCCACGCUGCAGAUCCUGUCCCCGCUGUCGGACGCCAUCCUGGCGGAGAAGACCAUCACGGUGCUGGAGGAGAAGGUGGCCGUCACCGACCUCGGGGUGCAGCUGGUGGCGGGGCUCUCGCUGUCCCUGCAGCUCAGCCCGGGGAGCAGCAAGGCCAUCUUCGCCACGGCCACGGCCCAGGAGCUGCUGCAGAGGCCCAAACAGGAAGCCGCCCUCAGCUGCUGGGUCCAGUUCAGUGAUGGGGCUGUCACGCCCUUGGACAUUUACGACGGGAAGGACUUCUCCCUGCUGGCCACGUCCCUGGACGAGAAGGUGGUGUCCAUCCGGCAGGACCCCGAGUCCCGGUGGCCCACGGUGGCCGCCGAGGCGGAAGGGCAGGGCUCCCUGGUGCGGGUGGAGCUGGCCAUCAGCGAGCAGUGCCAGAAGUCCAAGCGCAGGAGCGUGCUGGCCACGGGGACAGCCGGCCUCAAGGUCAAGUUCGGCCCAAACGACGCCCGCCCCAACGCCAGCGAGGGCAGGUACUCGGGGGCGGCGGCCCCCCUGGAGACUGGAGCCGGUGACCGCAGGCCCCGCUGGCCCCCGCAGGAAUGGGGCGGCCGGGGGGGCGCGCCGGCCAGCAGCUCCCCCGGCCCCCCGCAGGGGCGCGGCCCGGCCACGCAGAGGCCCCCCUUCCCGGGGCCGCACACCGUCCCCUUCGGCUUCCCCAGCCUCCCCGCCCCGGGGGGCCGCCCCGGAAGCGGCGGGGCCCCGGCGGAGGACGAGCUGGCGCAGGCCGCCCAGGGCCUGAGCGACCUGGAGGUGGGCAUGUACGCACUGCUGGGCGUCUUCUGCCUGGCCAUCCUGCUCUUCCUGGUCAACUGCGCCGCCUUCGCCCUCCGCUACCGGCGCAAGCAGGGCCCCUUCGAGGAGGCCGAGGGCGUGAGCCACGCGCACGACUGGGUGGGCCUGAGCCAGCGGGCCGAGCUGCUGGAGAACCCCGCCGGGCUCGCCACCGGCCCCGAGGAGCAGACCACGGCCCUGGACAGGGGCCUGGACUUCGAGGAGAGCAAGUACCUGCUGGCCACCAGCUCCCCGACGAGCCCCAACGGGCAGCUGUGCUGGGCCGCGGGCCCCCCGGCCCCCGGCGGGAGGGAGCGGAAGGCCGAGCCCCCCGCCUCGCCCACGUCCAAGAGGAAAAGAGUGACGUUCACCACCUUCAUCUCGCCCGACGCCGGGGGCCCCGCCACGCUGCCCCGCGGGGAGGCCGCCGGCCACUGGGGCUGCCAGGACGUGGGGGCCCCCGGGGGCCAGCACUGCCGCUGGGAGCGCCCGCACAAAGGCGUGUGAGCCAGCUUCGCCCGGCUGAUGUUCGCUGGUGCGGCGGGCCCGGGGCUGCUGCCCGCUGCAGGGCGGGCCCCGAGGCCUAGAGGGCGACGCUGAGGCCCCUGUGUCUGUGCCCGGGUGGCGGCUGGGGGGGCCCGUGCCGGGUGGUGCGGGUGGGGCCGGCCAGCUCCCGUGUCUGGGCAGCGUGCACUGGCCUUCUCCUGCACGGACCUACGGGGCACGGACAAGGCCAGCCGGGCCAGGACCAGGCUCUCCCGCCAGCCCAGGCCUCACCGCCGGGCACGACACCCGGGCGUCUUCCCGGAGGCCGCUGUGUGGCCCCACCAAGGAUGCAGGUGGACAAAGACCCCCACCACGGCCCACGGGCAGGCCCAGCAGGGACUGGAGCUCAGGAAGCUUCUCCCCCCUGCAGGCGGGGCCCACCGGCCCAGGAGCGGGACCCAGGACAGCCUCCGUGCCCGGCCCGCGGGCCUCUGAACCACCGAGGCCUGGGCGCUCCCAGCUCAGCUUCCCCCGGCACAGGCGGCGACUGAAGGGCCGGGCGCAGCCCCUCCCCCACCUUCACUGGCCAGUUGGACUGGCCAUGAGGCCCCGUGCACGAGGCCAGCCUGUCCGGGCAAGGGCUGCCCUCCUCGUCUGCACAGAACACAGGCACUAGCAUGGGAAGAUGUGGGCACGCAGGUGUAGACAGGGGCACGUGUGUAUACGGUGACGUGGUCACAGUGACAUGCGUGUGUAGAUGGGGCACGUGUGUACAUGGUGACAUGUGGUCACAGUGAUAUGCGUGUGUAGACGGGGCACAUGUGUAUAUGGUGACAUGUGGUCACAGUGAUAUGCGUGUGUAGACGGGGCACAUGUGUAUAUGGUGACAUGUGGUCACAGUGACAUGCGUGUAUAGAUGGGGCACAUGUGUAUAUGGUGACAUGUGGUCACAGUGACAUGCAUGUGUAGAUGGGGCACAUGUGUAUAUGGUGACAUGGUCACAGUGACAUGUGUGUAGAUGGGGUAUGUGUGUAUAUGGUGACAUGUGGUCACAGUGACAUGCGUGUGUAGACGGGGCACGUGUGUAUAUGGUGACAUGUGGUCACAGUGACAUGACGUGUGUAUAGAUGGGGUACAUGUGUAUAUGGUGACAUGUGGUCACAGUGACGUGUGUGUAGAUGGGGCACGUGUGUAUAUGGUGACAUGUGGUCACAGUGACAUGCGUGUAGACGGGGCACAUGUAUAUGGUGACAUGUGGUCAGUGACAUGUGUGUGUAGAUGGGGCACGUGUGUAUAUGGUGACAUGUGGUCACAGUGACAUGCGUGUGUAGAUGGGGCACAUGUGUAUAUGGUGAUGCAUGUGGAGACAGCAGUUUGUAUGUACAGACAGGGGCAUGUGUGUGGAGGCUGUGAUAGGUGUGUCUGAGCAGCCACGCGUGUAUAGGCAGUGACACGUAUGUAUAGGUAGUGAUGAACAUGUAUGUGUGGUGGUGCGUGUAGACACUGAGAAAUGUAGAUGGUGAAUGUGUGUAGAGGUAGAGACAAAUAUGUGUGAAUAGUGAUGUGUGUAGAGAGCCACACAUGUACAAACAAUUACAUGUGUGUCUAGACAGGGACAUGUAUGUAUAGAUCACAUGUGCAGGUAACCACAUGUGUAUAGGCAAUAACUUGCGUGACUGAAGACACAUGUAGGCAGUAACAUGUGUGAGCAGUGAUGUGUGUAUAGAUGAUGUUUGGGCAGGGACAAGUGCAGAGGCAAUAACGUGUAUGAACAGUAACAUGUAAUACUGCUACACAUGUGUAGAAGACAUGUGUGGGCAGGGACAAGUGCAGAAGCAAUAAUGUGUGCUGGCAUGUGGGUACGAACGGUGACACGCAUGUGCAGAUGUACCAGCUGUCUCUGCUGUGUGCACGGCUGGGUCCUGUGUUCCUGGCCUGCCACGUAUGUGCUGGGUCCCCUCUGCAUGUCUGGGGACUCAGGGCCCAGGAGGUGCAGGUGUGUCUCAGCAGCCCCUGGCCGGGUGGGUGUGGCUGUGCCCCCCCCGCCCAUGUCUGGCCGGAGUCCUGCUCCCGGCCCCGGGGACCUUCGGGGGGUCUCGAAGCAGAUUUUGCACAGGGUCCGUUGGCUGUGAAUAAAGAGUGCCUGUUGGUCCCCUUG